GGACUUUUCAGCUCCUAUUUCCCCGUUUCAUACAUCUUCGUCACCCCCUCUUCUUACAUUUUCUCACUGCUGUUAUUACUCCAUCUUUUGAAUUACAUACUUUUUAGUUUAUCAACAUCACAUUCCCUUGUAUACUACUACUAGCUUUGAUUUAUUGAAUAUCUACUAUAAGCCACCCAAAAUGUAUCGCGACAUCGCCCACGCGGUUUAUAGGCGGGGCCAAGACUCUAUGGAGAACUAUGAGAUGCCUGGCUGGGGUUUAGGGCUGAUCUUCCUAGAUGUCCUCAUCUUCUUGCCUUUGGUCUUGAUGGUCAACUACUCUCUCCAACAUGUGUUUCCAACGCUUGCUAUUGUCGAGGACCCAUCACCUCCGGCCUACGAACCCGUAUCCCUGAACGAUGACGCCCAAUCUUUCGCCGAAGACAAUGCCCCGCUUGCCGGCGAGGCUGCUAGUUCCCAACCUCGUCUCAUCACCUCUUCCCUCCGAUCCACCUACCGAACUCUCACUGCCAUUAGCGGAUGGCGUUCUCUGUUCCGAGGUCUUGCGUGCUAUUUCUCUCUGGGUGUCGCUACUUCGGUCGUCUACGGCAUUCUAGUUAGCACCUUCAUCCCCGGUCCCAUCGCCGCCCCUCUCUCCGCGCUCGGUCUCGUCCAGCUCUACACAGCAUGGACUCACAUCGUCAUCUCGGCACCGAGCUCUAAGACUUUCUGGCAGCGUCUUCCCCCCUUCAAGAAGGCUUUCAACGCUACCGCUCUCCCGAUUUCCAUGUACUUCUUCUCGGCUGAGCUCGCUACGUUUGUUCCCAGAAUGCUUGCGUAUGCUAUGUCCAUGAACCUGCCGAACCCCAAGCAGCCCGGUGUCAUUCCCGUGGCUGACAAGAACGACAUCUGGAAGGGUGUGAUUGUGCUACUCGUGUCGCUUGUUUUGCACAUCUUCCUCGUCAUUCCCACUCAAGUUAUCCUCACCCGUGUCCAGGCCUCUCUCCUUCCCGAUGAGGAUGACACCGUCGUUCCCUUUGAUCGUUCGUUCAGCGGAAAGGUGGAGCCCGCCAUUGUCGGUGGCAAAGGUUUCGUCACUGUCAAGGAUGCCUGGCAGUCUUUCUCUCGCGCCUCGUGGGUUCGCCUUGUCAAGCUCUAUGUUAAGAUCUUUGGGGCCGGUCUAGCCCUUGGUCUACUCUGGGUGGCUGUUAUUGUACCCGAGAUGUUCCUCAUCUUGAGCCACAGCAAGAAGGCUGCUUAAAUCUGAUCGAUCUACUCCAUGGUCAUGAACCAUGACGCUACAGUCCGCUCUGGUACAAAUAUACUUGUCAUUUCUGGAUGGUUCUUGCUGCAUGUCAAUAUUAAUGGUUGAGAGGACACUUGGAAGAAUAAAGAGCAGGCCUGGCGUUCAGAUGAAAGUAGGACAAUGGAUUAUAGCAUUUAUCCCCUGAAUUGGGUGACAGGGCGAUUCAACUAUGAUAUUAUGAAAAAGGGUUAGUUACAUGCUUUUUGGUUCAGUCGAACCGUCCGUACAUCAGAAUAGCAACUUUUCAAUUAUAACAUGGUAAAAUCAG